GCGUUCGACGCGAUCGCGGUUGGUGGGGAGCGGGGAGGGGCGAUUUUUUUCGCACCGCGCGAAUCCGUAUCGCAUCGCCGUCGCCGUCGCCGCCGCCGCCGCCACUGCGCGCAACAAUUUUCACUUCAGUCCGCCGUGUGUUGGUCCGUAUCACGUGUCCCCCGAUCCCGGAUUUCGUCGUCGUCGUCUUCGUCGCGGUUUUUUUUUUUUUUUUAUCGUUUGCGACGUACACGCGUAUCUGUCGCCCGCUCGGAGGUAUUCCAGAGGUUCGCGUUCGACUACGAUUUUCGCGUCGGAAAUUUUUUUUUUUUAUUUUUUUUUUCCGUUUUCCCGCGCUUUUCCGCCUAGUUUUUUAAAUUUUACUCGUUUCCGACGCGCGUACAACAGUAUUAACGACACGCGUAUAAAAAUAAAAAAAAAUAUAUAUUUUUUAUACUUAUAAUCAUAAUAAUAUAUUACAUCGUAUAAAUAGACUCAACACACCGCAGUACGUACCUAUUUGUAUUUUGUUUUUGAUUUGGUUUGUGUAUGAGUGUGUGAUGAGAGAGAGUGUGUGUGUGCGCGCGCGUGCUUAGUGUUUGUUAUUUUUGGUUUUUUUUACAUUUAUUCAACAUUUAUUUUUUGCACGAAACCAUUUAUCUCGAACAUUAUAAUGAAGGAAAAGAAGAUACUUCAAACGAAGUAUACCACUCUACUGGUCCAUCGUACCCAAGUCCAUCGAGUAUGCUUCUAUUCCAGACACAGACCACAUUCACGCCGAGCAGUUUUGCCGAACUGCUGUCCGGUUCGUAUUCCGAGCUGCCGCUGAACGAGGAGAUCGACUCGCUGACGGACGUGCACGCCGCGCUGACGGACGCGGCCGAACAACAGCAACCGCAGAUCGACCACCACCACCACCAGCAACAACACCACCAGCAGCAGCAGCAGCAACAGCAGCAGCAGCAGAAUGACGGCGGUUCGGGGCUCCAGUUGCCGAGUUUCCAAGAGACGUAUGCCGCCUCGGGCGUAGGGUUCAAAAUGGACGAAGAUUACGGCCCGCCGACCACCGCGGCGGCCGCGGUCACCAUGACCGCCGCCACGGUCGGUUAUCAUCAGCAACAACACCACUCCCAUCUCCACCACCACCACCACCAGCAACAGCAUCAGCAUCAUCAGCAACAGCCGGCUCAUCACCAGCUCCUACACCAACAACACCACGUCCAACAACAACACCAACAGCAGCAGCAGCAGCAGCAGCUCAACGGCGGACAGCAGCACCAGCAGCACCACCAUCACGGACCGGCGGCCCCUCCGACCACGCCGCUCAUACAUUUCGACUAUCACUUUCAGCACUUUCCGGGCGCGUUGCCGCCACCGUCUCAGCAGCCUCCCGAUUCGCCGACCGCAGAUCAAGGAGUUACGGCUUCAGUGUUCGAACCGAUGUUGGAUCAAGUGCAGGUGGUCAUGUCGUCGCCCAAGCAACACCAUCAACAGCACCAUCACCACCAACAACAACAACACCAACAUCAACAGCAGCAACAACAGCUCGUCGCCGUCAAUCACCAGCACCACCAUCAACAACAGCAGCAGCAGCAGCAAUCUCUGCAAGUGCCUCAGCCACCGCAGACGCCGCGACCGACGGCCACUUCCUUGAUGAUCGACACGGCCACGGAGCAGCUGCAGCACGUCGUCAACAACGCCUCCAUGGUGGAGGCGAGGUCCCCGAGGACCUCUUCGGUCUCGGCAGUGUUGGCGCUCAGGGCAGCCACCGAUCCGUCCACUAGCAGCAUGUCGCCGAAAAUGCGACAUUGCAUCAACACAAUGUCGGUGACCGUGCCCGUCGAAUGUUCGCCGCCCACGCCGGACGCCGCUUGUAUUAUGCCGCAGAGGAACGCCACCGCCGUGGCCACCGCGGCUCCGUCUUCGCCGUCCCAGUUGUGCGCAGUGUGCGGUGACACGGCCGCGUGCCAGCACUACGGAGUGCGCACGUGCGAAGGUUGCAAAGGAUUUUUCAAACGGACUGUUCAAAAGGGCUCCAAGUACGUUUGUCUGGCCGAUAAGAACUGUCCGGUGGACAAGCGCCGACGGAACCGGUGCCAGUUCUGUCGAUUCCAGAAGUGCCUGCAAGUGGGCAUGGUGAAGGAGGUGGUGCGAACCGACUCGCUGAAAGGUCGUCGUGGCCGGUUGCCGUCCAAGCCCAAGUCACCUCACGGAUCGCCGCCCAGCCCGCCCGUGUCGCUCAUCACAGCGCUCGUCCGAGCCCACGUCGACACCAAUCCGGACUUUUCGUCGUUGGACUAUUCGCAGUAUAACGAACCAAAGCCGUUUGAACCGCUGAUCACCGAAGCGGAAAAAAUUCAACAGUUUUUCGGAUUGCUCACGACGUCCGUGGAAGUCAUCAGGCAUUUCGCCGAAAAGAUACCGGGAUUCAAAACUCUGUGUAAAUCGGAUCAAGAUUUAUUAUUUCAAUCAGCAUCUUUGGAACUAUUCGUGCUCCGUCUCGCGUACAGGACAAAAUACGCCGAUACGAAACUAAUAUUUUGUAACGGGGUGGUUCUGGACAAACAACAGUGCCACAGGAGUUUCGGCGAUUGGCUACAAGCUAUAUUAGACUUCAGUCAAUCAUUACACUCACUGGACAUCGAUAUAUCAUCUUUCUCUUGCCUGUGUGCCUUAACUCUGAUUACAGAACGACACGGUCUCCGAGAAGCUAAAAAAGCCGAACAGAUCCAGAUGAAAAUCAUCAACUCUUUGCGGGAACACAUCACGUACAGCAUGUCCGAUUCGCAGCGCAAGUCUUACUACUUCUCGAGACUUCUGGCAAAACUGCCCGAGUUGCGUUCGCUCAGCGUCCAGGGGCUCCAGCGGAUAUUCUACCUGAAACUGGAAGACUUGGUUCCAGCCCCGCCGUUAAUCGAGAACAUGUUCAUUGCUAGUUUACCAUUUUGAAAAACACGAUUAUCCAUACAUAUUAUUAUUAUUAUGUAACGUAAAAAUCAUCGAAGUGAAAACAAUUAUUAUUGUCUUGGCAUCUGGCAACCGUUAAUUAUAAGUAUAUCUAUUCAAUUAUGUCAUACCUAUACGUAUAUUAUCGUUACCUACAUCAAUACUUAAAUAGCGUAUACAGUAUUGUACGUAAGAGAGCGUGUUUCAUUAUUAUAAUUAUUAUUAUAUUAUUAUUAUUAUUAUUAUUAUUAUUUUAUUAUUUUAUUAUUAUUAUUUUUAUUAUUAUUUUUAUCGAUAAUUUUAUUUUAUAAAUUUAUUUUAUUUUUUCGUUGAGUUUCGAUAUUGAAAACCCGCGGUAUAAAGAUCCUCUUAAAGUCUAGGCCAAGUAUAUAACUAUUGUAGGAAAUUUUGUUGGCCCCCUCUACAUAACGCUAUCAAAUUCAAACCGUACAUAAGAAUCAAAAACAAAUUUUCCACGAGCUCGUCUCCGUUUUUCCACCGAUACCCCCUGAUUCACUAACAACCCUUAAAUGUCAUGGCUUGCAAACAUCAGAAGUGAAAAGUUUGAUAUUCUUUUUAUACAAACGCGUUUUAUACAUACCAAAUUUAAAAAUAUUUCGAGUUUUGGGUCAUACAGUUGUAUGAUGCAAUGCUUGUAAAAACCAUAGACUUGUAACCCAACAAAAGCAAAUACCUAUAUACUUAAUAAUAUCAUGUCCGACCAAUUCAAUGGAAUUCUGAACACUAUACAUGUACAAAUUAUUUGUGCGCGCACAUAUUAUGACGUCUUAAUUUACUAUUAUUUAGUAUAAUAACAUUAAAUUUGCCAUUUAUAUACGUUUAGCCUACUUUGAUCAUUAUAUUAUAUGUAUAUUAUUAUAGAAAAGUUCGCGUUAGUUAACUUUAAUAUUAUUAUCUAUGAUAUAUUUACGUAUGUGCACUCCAGUGGUGAGGUGAAUUCAAACAUUGUCGAAAGUAUUCUUGAACGACUCUGACCGCCCACCAAUGAAUUCCCUUCUCUACAAAAAACCCUUUAAAAUUCGAUUUAAAUAAUAUAUAUAUGGGAAUAAGCUACGAUUAAUAUAAACCCCGUCCACUUAAAAAAUACACAAAAAGGCUGCCCCUAAGACACCUCCUCCGCUUUGCCACUGUAUCUACGCGCAUUUCAGUGUGUGUGUGUGUGUGUGUGUGUGUAUGUGUGUGUUUGUGUGUGCGUGUGUGUUUGUCGUAUGAUUGGUAUAUACGCUUGAAUAAUUAAAUAUAUAAACCUUAUUAGCAUAUAGAAUACAUUGCAUUUAUUUUACUGAUUAUUAUUUAAUUUUAGUCGUCGAGAAAUGUUAAAAACAAAACGCCAUUCGCGCGACAUAAUUAUAUAUAAUAUUAUAAAUAUAUAUAUAUAUAUAUUAUACAGCCUUGUUGUAAAAUGUUUUGUUAAUUUCUUUACGGAAAAAUGUGUUAAAUUUAUAUAAACUGUUUUUUUUUCUUUUCUCGCUUCACUGCCGUGAAAUAUUAUUGUUAGUGAAACUUAUCAUCGGUUUCAUUCCUUCUGUAGUUAUGUAAUGUAAUAAAAAUAUAUAUGUAUUGACAUUUUAAAAACCUUAUAUUUUUAGUAUAUCAUCGUUUGUAUCCUUGUAUUUAAAACAAAAAACAUGUUCAUUAUGAUAUCUAUUUUAUAGUAUAUAAUAAUAUUAUUAUAUACAAAUUACAAAUUACAAAUUACAAAUACUAUAUUUCAUGUUUGUCAAAAAAAAAAAAAAGAAACCGGAAAAUAGCCAAUAGGCAUAUUUUAUUUGAAAUGUAUGGUUUUAUUGCUUAAUAAUUAUAUGUUGUAACUAUAUUAUAUUAUAAAUAUAAUUUCAGAGAUAUGCAAAACUAUAUGUAAAAGUUAGUGAUGGGCAUAAUCGAAUGAUUUCGAUAAUCGAAUGAUUAGUAAUCGAGACAUUUUCAUAAUCGAGAGAAUCUCUCGAAAAAUCACUCGAAAUUAAAAUCGUUUUUUCCUAUGAAAACAAUAAUCGAAUGAUUAGUAAUCGAGAGAAUAUCUGAAAUUAAAAUAAUUUAUUCGUAUGAUAAGAAUAAUUGACUAUUAUUACGUAUUGAGAGAAUCAAAAAAUUAUUCUUAUUAAUAAACAUACAUUGCAUUAUCUGUAUUUAUUUUUACAAUCCAUUAAAAAUUAAAAUAUACUAAAUCAAAUAUCAAUUACCAGAUAAUAAAUAAUAAUUCAAAACAUUUCAAAAUUCGGUUACUUUAAAUUUCAUAAUGGAAAUUAUUCGAUUACUCGAUUAUUUUACUCAUAAUCGAAAUAUCUCGAUUCUUUUUCAUAAUCGAGAUAUCUCGAUUAUAUAUCUCGAUUAUGCCCAUCACUAGUAAAAGUGUAAUACGCCAGUUUUACGUUCGUCCGUUGUACUUUUGUGUGCGAUUCAGAAUAAAAUAUAUGUUUCAUUAUUAUACACAGCAAUGUAAAA